CUGAACAACAGCGGAGCAUCGUCCUCGCGCUGCCACAGUCCCCGCCCCGUGCCCCUCGGACCAGACCCUAUAAAAGCCGUUAGCCUACUUCUCCUGUCAGCGGAGUCAGCGACAGCAGCAGCACCUAGCACCGCGGUCUCCUCGAGACAUCCUCCUCAGAUGGGCCAUUGUAACAAGUAGCACCUCGCCUUCUUCGAGCCAGCCGCACCUUAGUGCGCAUCAGGUGCCAACAACAUCACAAUCCUAAAGCUUUCCAUUUUCCAUCUUUGACGGGUUUUCCACCUAAGGUCGGAGAAAAUGGCUGCAAUUCCAUCAACCGGCUCCCUCAUCGCCACCAACGAUUACUACAGAAGGCGCCUUGGGUCCAACUCCAGCAGCAGUUCCUGUGGCAGUGCUGAGUACACAGGGGAGGUCAUUCCACACCAUCCAGGACUUCCAAGGCAAGAUUCAGGCCACUGGUGGACUUCAUUUUUCUUGGCAAAACCGAACCAGUCCGGCAUGCAGAAUGGAUCUGACGCUCAAAGGAACGGAACCUACACAGUGGCUAACGGCCAGGUGACCUGCAUUGCCAAGGAAAUGGUUCUGAAAAGACGACUCAGUGAAAGCAGUGACAACGGAAAGUCUGAAACAUCCAACCCUUCACCCACUUCCUCCUAGACUCCACCCCCUGCCACCGCCUCACCUUCCUGCCUCCCCCUCUCACCUCCCUCCCCCUCAGCCUGCCGUUCAUCA